AUGGCUGACGUCAGACGCCAUGAUUGGCAGCCUUACCCGAGGGAAUGGAUCAACGCAGACUCCCCUAUUGUCGAAGAUCAAGCUUUCACUAUCAUGACCUAUAACAUUUUAUGCGAUGUUGUCGCCCUGCACAAUCCAGGGUACAAAUACGUCAGGGACGGUUUUCUGAAAAUGGAGGACCGGCAUCCUCUCAUUGUAGCAGAGGUGAAGCAGCGGUGCCCGGAUGUGCUCUGUCUGCAAGAGGUUGAGAACAAUAACUUGAGUGAGAGGUUGAUACCAGACUUGAAGAGGGAGGGGUAUGUUUGUGCUUCUGAUCAUACUGGCUAUAAGGAAGGACCUGCCACAUUCUACAGGCCUGAACGUUUUUCCCUUGAGUGGUUCGCGCGUCGUGUGGCACAUGAUGCAUUCAUGGAACUCUUGCAAGAUAGCAAUUCACUAUCCGAUGAAAUUACGGCAGCAGUCAGAGAAUAUUUGGAACGUCCUAAAGAAUUCAUAUUAACCAAGCUAAAGUGUAAAAAGAGCGGAUGGUUGGUCACUGUUGCAAACAUCCAUACGACGUGGGAAGACUUGGAAUGGCCGACGGUGCAGACGGCUCAGGUUUGUGCGGGGUUAAGAAAACUGCUCGAACUAUCCGGAGGAAGUGACUCCUGUUAUGUUUACACGGGAGAUUUCAAUAGCUUGCCCUCCUGUCCACCAUAUUGCUUUCUCCGAGAUGGUCGACUGUCACCGGAAGUUCUCGCAAAGUAUCCAGACAAGAAACUUGUUGCCUUGGACAACGGCGAGGUUUUUUCGCUUCCUGAAGUUGUCCCACAUCUGUUUUGCCAUAACGAGCCAUUGAAAAAUGCAUAUUUGGUCGUAAAGGGGCGAAAUCCAGAAGCCACAAACUGUGACCCGCUAUCCCUCACUGACGACCCCGUCUUCAUUGGAUGCUUGGACUACAUAUGGUACAACAGUAAGACCAUUGGCUGUUCUGGCGUGGUAGACACGCCUCCCCAGCGUCUACUGAAGGAAGAAGUGGGUCUACCAAGCACCAACUUCCCAUCCGACCAUAUCUAUCUGAUGGCAAAGUUGCAUUUCUUAUAA